AUGUCUUCUUUGGCAAAUUAUGGUUUAGCUCCUUUUAAUGGUAAAACGGACUUCGGUUUUUGGCAGCAGAAAAUGGAAUGUAUUUUAAUUCAACAAAAUGUUUAUCAAGUAAUUGAUGAUUCGUAUGAUGAAGAUGUUGAUGAGAAAAAGAAAACUCAAUUGAAUCGUCUUGCCUUGUCUGCUAUUGUUCUCAACUUGUCUGAGUGUGUUCUUAGAAAAGUAGGGAGAAUGACUUCUGCUAAAGAACUAUGGUCUAAGUUAGAGGAGUUGUACACUGGAACCUCGUUGCCGUCUAAGAUAUUUUUGAUUGAAAGGUUUUUCCGUUUCAAACUUGAUUUGAAUAAGAAAAUUGAUGAAAAUGUUGAUGAAUUCACUAAGUUAGUUCAAGAUAUAAAACUGACGGGUGAUAAACAUAUUGAUGAGUAUGCUCCGUAUGCUCUUUUAAAUGCUAUUCCUGACUCUUACAGUGAUGUUAAAUCUGCUAUUAAGUAUGGUAGAGAUAAUGUGACUCUUGACACUGUUGUGAGUGCUUUAAAGAAUAAGGAAUUAGAUUUAAAUUCUAAUAUUUGUGUUCAAGAACCGGACAAAGUCAUGCAUGUUAGGGGUGAAAAGAGAUUUAAUGAUAAGUCUAAUCAUAGAUAUAAGCCUAGGAAGUGCUAUAACUGUGGUGAAACUGGUCACUAUAUUAAGGAUUGUCCUCACCCUAAGAAAAAACAAGAUGUAGAGCAUGCUAAUGCUUUGUGGCUUUGUGAGUUUUUCUUUGUGAUGACCGUUUGUGUCGCAUGUUAUCUUUGUGAUCAUGUGUACUUUGUGAUCUGUGCUAGCUCUUUGUGGCACUUUGAAUUGACUUGGGGGCUCGGCGAUGAUGAUUAUGGUUGUCGAGGCUGCUGCUACCUCGUUGCUGCGCCGCUGUUGCUGCUGCGUUGUUGCCGGAGGACAGCUGCCGCUGCUGCUGCCCCUGCCGCCGCCGUCCCUGCUGCUGUUCCGCCGCUGUGUUGCCGCUGCUUUGCUGCCCCGGAGAAGGAAGCCUUCAACAACGACGACGAGGGUCGAUACUCAACAGUUGGGAUGGGAGGCAUCGGGAAGACCACUCUUGCUAGGUAUGCUUACCACGACCCUUUGAGUGUUCAUCGCUUUGAUCUAUGCGUUUGGUUAACAAUAUCUCAAAGGUUUCAAUUAAAGGAAAUUCUUGUUAGUGCCCUGUGUUCACUCAAUAAUGUGGAUGAGGAAGCAUAUGAGUAUAAACACGAGGAGUUAUUGAAAGAAACUUUAUACAAAUGCUUGAAAGGGAGGAGAUAUCUCGUUGUGAUGGAUGAUAUGUGGGAUAUGAACGUGUGGGAUGAUCUACGGUUGAUCUUUCCCGAUGAUCGUAAUGGGAGUCGGAUUAUAGUAACUACGAGGGAGUUAAGCGUAGCUUAUCACAUCGACUCUCUACAUCCUCACCAUAUGCAGUUGAUGGCUGUGGAUCAAAGCUGGAGGUUGCUUAAGGAGAGGGUGUUUGGAAAUGGAGAUUGCCCUCUCGAAUUUGAGGAAAUUGGACAAGUUAUUGCACAGAACUGUCGAGGGCUUCCACUUGCAGUUGUUGUAAUAGCUGGAGUUCUCUCUUGUGAGGCCAAUUGGGAAGAGAUUGCUAGAAAUGUAUCUAAAGUUGUUCACACAAAUGAUGAAAAAUUUGUUGAGAUAUUAUCAUUGAGUUAUGAGUACUUGCCUGGUUGUUUAAGGCCUUGCUUUCUGUACAUGGGGUGUUUCCCAGAAGAUUAUGAGAUCAACGUGUCGAAACUGAUCAGGUUAUGGGUGGCGGAGGGGUUUCUGGCAUCAAAUGAAGCAAGAGAUAUGGAGGAGUUGGGAUAUGAGUAUUUGGAAGAGUUGGUAGCAAAAAGUCUUGUUUUGAUCAGUAAGAAAGGAUCUGAUGGCAAGAUCAGGACAGUGAAGAUUCAUGAUCUCUUGAGAGGCCUCUGUUUAAGGAAAUGUCGAGAUGAGAAUUUUGUGUGCACCGUUGAUGAGUUCUCCGGCAGCUUUCCUCGAGGUGUUGAGCAUUCAAACCGCCUAAGUGUGUUUUGUAAUGUCUCCGGUAGCAUAGAGAUGGUUUCAGCUACGCAUACCCUCCUUCUUUUCAAGCAUUGGGCGUUGGAUUCUUGGAAAGAAUUUAGGCUUCUUAAGGUGUUGGAUGGAUUAACUGUAAUACUUGAAUCAUCCAGCUCUGGUGUGUGUAUCAGUGAGCUAAUCCAUUUGAGAUACCUUGGUUUGAGAUGUGAAUCUAUUAGAAAGGUGCUGAGGCUUGUAUCGGAUUCCUUGUACCAGCUUCGCGAUCUUCAGACCUUAGUUGUGAGGAUUCUGAGUGGAACUGAGUUGCAAUCCUUUAGUUUAAAUGAUGAAGUUGUGAGGUUCUAUAGUUUAAAUGAUGAAUACUUAAAUUCGAGGUGUAUGAGAUUCGAAAUUUGGAGAAUGCCGCAGUUGAGGCACGUUGUACUGUUGGAUUGUUUCUUGCCCGACCCGUCUGCAGAGAGCUUGCCAUGUAUGGAAAACCUGCACACGCUCUCGCGUGUACAAGAUUUCAAGUGCUCGGAGAGGAUGAUGGAAAUGAUGCCGAACUUGAAGAAGUUGGGAAUCGCUUACUCGUAUGAAGGCACCUACGAGAUGGGAUGGUCAGGAUAUGAACUGCACAAUCUUGUUCAUCUUCAUAAGCUUGAGAAGCUGAGUUUGUAUGCAGAGCCGUAUCCAAAUUUGAAGGAUGAUCUGUCUCAUAACAUUGCUUUCCCAGUAACACUGAGGAAGCUGAGCUUGAGUGGCUGCAGACUUCCAUGGGAGGAUAUGAGGAUGAUCGGAGCGCUGCCUAAUCUUCGAGUGCUCAAACUGAGACGACGAGCCUGCUUUGGAACGCAAUGGGAAACGACGGAAGGGGAAUUCUGUCAACUGAAAGUGCUACUAAUUGACAGCACUGAUCUGCUUGAAUGGGUUACGGAGAGCUCUCAUUUUCCCAGGCUCGAGCGGUUAACUCUGUACGAAUGCAAUAAUCUGAGGGAGAUUCCAUGUGGUUUUGGAGAUAUACCGACGCUUGAGCUGAUUGAAGUUGAUAGCAGGAACACGACGAUGGUGGAAUCUGCAAAAUGUAUUGAAGAAGAACAACAGAGCUAUGGCAAUGAACAAUUGCAGGUUCGUUUCCUUAAGUCACGUAGCUGGUCAGAUUUCAAUGAUAGUAGCGUGAAAGAGGUGGUUUUGGGUACAACUGGACGUACCGUACAACGGUGUUGCACCAUCACUUAA